UGCAUAGCCCGGUCACGUGACAACACGCGAGCCAAUGGCAGCUCAACCUUUGCGCUCUUGUGCGCGUCAGAGUGGCUUUACACUCUGGGAACCAGUAUCUCCUUUUUUCAGUCUCUGGGCUUUUUAAAAAAGAGCCAGAAGCUUCAAUGUUGGAUGCCGUGCUAUGACAACGUCACUGCUGCUCCGUCCGCGCUGGGUCGACCCGUCGGUGAUGUUCCUCUACGACAACGGCGGAGGUUCCGAUGAACUGAGCAAGAACAUGGAGGGUUUCGCUGGUGGCAACUUUGCUGCGAACCAGUGCAGGAAUCUGAUGGCGCACCCCGCGUCCCUGGCACCGAGCACGGCGUACUCCUCCAGCGACGUGCCCACCUCCGCUAUGAGCGAGCCAGUCAAGCAGUGCAGCCCCUGCUCUGCAGCUCAGAAUUCAUCCAGCGCGUCUCUUCCUUAUGGCUACUUCGGUAGCAGUUACUAUCCGUGCAGAAUGUCGCAUCACAACAGCAUAAAACCGUGCGGCGCGCAGCCUCCCUCUGCGUACGGAGAGAAAUACAUGGACACAUCCGCCUCGGGGGACGACUUCGCUUCUCGGGCAAAGGAAUUCGCGUUUUAUCCGACAUAUCCUUCAGGCCCAUAUCAACCUGUUCCCAGUUACCUGGACGUCCCCGUCGUGCCAACUAUCAGUGCGCCGUCAGAAGCCAGACACGAGUCCCUGCUGCCUAUGGAGACUUACCAACCGUGGACUCUCGCCGCCAACGGCUGGAACGGCCAGGUUUACUGCGCCAAGGAGCAGCCACAGCCUGGACACAUGUGGAAGAGCUCCAUACCAGACACGGUGUCUCACGGUGGAGGAGACUCUGGUUCUUAUCGACGUGGAAGAAAGAAGCGCGUGCCAUACACCAAGCUGCAACUGAAGGAACUCGAGCGCGAGUACGGCGUCAAUAAAUUUAUCACGAAGGACAAAAGGAGGAGGAUAUCUGCGCAGACCAACCUGUCCGAGAGACAGGUCACGAUAUGGUUUCAGAACAGACGCGUAAAGGAGAAGAAAAUUGUCCACAAAUUGAAAACUAUCAGCUAGUUCCUUUCGUUUAUUUUUGAUUUUAUUCUCUUUUUUUUCUUUUUGUUUAUUACGGACAAUAUUUGUGGCAACACACACACACACACACUUACAGACUUACACACACACACUUUGGACUCCUGGAUUGGAAUAACUCCCUUCUGACUGAACAUGAUUUAUUUUGUAUGAUGCCAAAAAUUAUUUCCCGGAGCUUCAUGGAACAAAAUUUGGGAGGCACAUGAAUCCUGGAUCCUCCACUUCCUGCCACUUGUUAAAAAAAAAUUAAAGGAGUCAAGUGGAAAGAAAAGGGAAGCAAAUUAUAUAUAUAUAUAUAUAUGCAGUUUGUGUGACUUCUGUCCCCCCCCCUCCCUCCCUCCCUGUGGCAUGUUCACUCCUGAUGCAGGAAAACUGACCCCAGUUCAGAAAAAAAGGUGCAUACGCCACCGAGCUACGCCUUUAUCUGCAAGUUUAACAAGAGAUAGAUAAAGGUGAAGACUGACAGGAAGUGGCGGUGUUACGGAUUUGGACCUUGGGAAUGUUAAAUAUUAAUCUCUCCUGCUUUUCUUUUAAAACCUGCUCACAUGCUUUCGCUUGUAUGAAGUUUAGUCUUAUCAUAGGAAUCCGUCAUUGUGCAGUCCAUGGUGCAAUUCUUUAUUAUAAUGCUUAAUCGUCCGGGAUAAUGUGUUCAUAUGAAUCAUUACUGUUUAUCAUGUGUGCGUAUUCAUGUGGUUGUAUAUAAAGUAAAUUCCGGCAUGAUAUCCAGGUUAUAAUGUAUGUGUGCGUCUAAUAUGUUGUUGUUUCAAGUCCGAUCCAAUAAAAGUUGGAAUUGGAUGAAAUAUAUAUAUUUUUUUCAUCGUG